AUGGACAAACUAAAAGAAGAGUAUGAAAUUUUAAAAAAGAGAAGAGAAGAAGAUGAUAAUGAAAUAGUUGAUGAUUUAAGUACAGUAUAUAGUAAUUCAAUGUGUCCUAGGUUUGAAUACCUUGAAAGAACUAUAAAAAAUGAUUUAGAUCCUAUAGAAAUUGAACAUAAUGUCAUAAUUAAGAGGUAUUAUAGAAGUGUAGCAGGAAGACAAGAAGAGCGAAGAGAAUAUAUUAGAAAUAUAAACGCACUUCAUAGAACUGUUGAAUUCUUAUUAAAGUUAGAUAUCAAUUAUAAUUCUUAUAAAUUUAUAGAUAAUAGAAUUAGAUCAGUUAAAUUAGAUUUAGAAAGUUUAAUAACAUGUGAAUUAAAUAUUAAAAAGGUUAUUUUAGAAUCAAUUAUUCGGUUUUAUAUCUAUGCUUUAUACAAGUUAUAUAGAAUUGAAUUUGAUUUAUACUUAAUUAUGGAUCAGUUAAAAAAAUCUAUUAGUACAUUAAAAGAUAGUUUUGAUUUAACUGAUGAAUUUAAAGGUUAUGAGUUACUUUGUAAUAUGAAUUUAAGAAGUUUGUUUAAUGAAGGCACAAAUCAAAAUAAUACAUAUAUGAAUAAAUGUAUUGAACUGGUUAAGUUGUAUUUAACUAGCAAUUUUUAUAGAUAUUUUGGGUUCCCUAUGGAUGCCAUGAUGUACUUUAUUUCAUUGUAUUGGAUAGAUAGAAUUAGAAAGAAGAUUAUGAGAAUUUGUAGAAAAGGAUAUAAUGGACUGAUUAAUGUAAAUGAGUUAAAUAGUAUUUUUGGUAUAAAUUUAAUAUCUACUUUUGAAGCUUUCUAUUACACAAUAGAAAAUGAUUUAGUUGAUAUGAAAAUUAAAAAUACUAAAAAUAGAGAAAUUGAUAGAAUAUUUCCUAAUUUAUAUAAUUCAAAUAUUUAUUUAUAUAAAGGUAAUAUAGACUUUCAUAUGUAUUAUAAAGUAACUGCUAAUUAUAUAAUGAAUAUUAUAAAAGGUAAAAGAGUUAUUGAAGUUUAUAAAAAGAUAGUUUUUUAUUAUAUUCAUGAUCAAGCACUGAAAGUAGUUAGAUCAAAUGAAAAUAAGGAGAAAAGAAAGAAAGUUAAAGAAAGUGACAUUAUAAAAGAAAAAGUAUCUUUUUUAAACGAAAUUGUAAAAUUGUAUUUAAAAUUUUUAAUUUAUAAAAUUAUAAAAGAAAAGUAUAUUUAUAGGUUAAUAUCACCAGACUUAUUUAGCAUUAUUUACGUGUAUGAAGAUUCAAGAAUAUUUAAACAUUUAGUUAAAACUAAUAAAUACGUAAUUGAUAGUAUAGGAUUGUAUAACUUUACAAAAUUCUUUGGAUCUAAUUAUAAUCUUGUAGUAUUUUUUAGUAAUAAUAUUACCAAAUUAAGAAACAAAUAUCAUAUGUUAAAUAUUCAAUUUAAUACAGAAGAAUUUUAUAAAUAUUUCCAUUAUAGGAAAGUAAAAUUAGUUCUUUUAAACAGUUUAUCAUAUGAACAACAAAUUGACUGGGUAGUUAGUGAACUUAAAUAUGAUAAAGGAUUGUAUCAAUUAUUAGAAGAUUUACUUGAUGGUAAAGAAUGUCCUAAAAUAUCUGUUGUGUUAAAAAGUCAAAUUUAA